GACAUAUUGCUGCUCAUACUUGGUACAUAACUGGUGCAUGAAGAGGGCAUCUAGAUGGCUUUGGAACUGUAACUCCUGUUUAUUUUACUCACCAUGCAGCAAAUCUUAAAGGAAAAAACCUUACGAGAGAGAGGGAAACUCCCUGGUGAUCCUUUGGAAAUAAGUGCAGCAGCUAACCAAGUGAUUCACAGUGGAAAGUUUAAAAAGCAGAGUUGGAGCAGUUGAAGGCUUUAAGAUGCCUGGUAGGACAGCCGGAUCACAAACAAAAGCAGAAAAGCCGGUUUCACUGGAUAUAGUUUUUGCCAGCUAUGGAAGUCAGUAAAUCUGAGUGCAGGUCUGCCUAUAUCAUGGAUGUAAGAGAAGAGUUACCGACUCAGCAGGAUGAUUUACUUGACGGAACAAAACAAAAGCAAUUCCCUGACAAUGGCAGUGAUGUGGAUGCCACUGUGCAGCCUGAGUCCCAUGAGGAAGGGGAGCACCAGUGCUCUGUACUCCUGUGGGAGAUGCUAGCCAAACAUUUUCUGGAGUAUGAGCAGGCAGCUCCUUUCCUCAUCCCAGAAGAGCAGCAGAGGAGGCUGCUUGACUUCCUUCCCCACUUCCUAAAGGCCUGGGAACAAUCAGCUGGCAUAGUUUCUUUCCCCGUUCAACUUCUAGCAAGUGAAGUUUCCAAACUUCUGACAAAAGAAAUCAGGAGGAAACUAAAUGGCAAACCUGCAGAGGAAGCUCGGCUGGCUGUGGGGCAGCUGCUGCAGCAGAAAGGGGAAGCAGAAGAUGACUCCAUGCUCCUGAGAUCAGUGCACUUGCUCUCACAGACUGACUCGGGGACUCUGUGGAACAUCAUCAGUUCUGGUCUCCCAGUUGCUCUGAUGCAAUGCUUGUACCUUUUCUUUACCUUUCCUCCAACAAAAGCCUGCAGUGAAGAGGCAAAUAAAGAUGACCCUGAAGUCCAGGAGAUGCUCAUUCAGAUAAUGCUCAGCAUGUACAGGGAACAACAAGGUGUAGAGCAACUUCUGACAGCCCCUGAGCUUCAGUCUUUAAUUAUAGCAACAGCCUCCCUCUGGGACAAUUGCAGCCUUUCAUGGAAAGCACCCACAGGCCGUGUGCUUCGGGCAAUUUCAAAGGCCCAGACUAAAAACAGCAUCAUGUAUCUACAAGCUACGGACUGCAUUAAGAUAGCCAUUCAGAAUCUGUUUAAACUGGCUGACACCUUGCCUGCUUGUGACAUGUGUGAAGCAGUCAGUAUUGUCUUGUGUUUUGUGAAGGAUUCUUAUCCUAUUUCCCCUACUUUGCUUCUGGAAUUUGAGAAUAAUGAUGGAUACCAGCUUCUGCUAAAAAUUUUACUCAGGUGUGAGGAUUUACCCCAUGAUGAAGGACAGCUCUAUCUGGAAGAGGUGCUGGACAUAAUGACUUGCCUUACAGUUUGUGGGAAAACUGAAUUGAAAGUUUCUGGCAAUAUUGCUCACCCUCAGUUAUCACACUUUGAUUUGGAACAGAGGCAGUCAUCUGGACUGACAGUAAAAAACCUACAGGCUUUUCAGGUGUUGCAAUCCAUCUUCCAGAAAACCAACAAGCAAAACCUCUGUAAGAGAAUCUUAUCAGCUAUGAAAACAAUAUGGACCUGGGAUUUAAUGAACUUUUUCCUUCUGGAAUGGACACUACAGCCCAUUUCCCAGUUUGUUGAUAUCAUCCACCUCAAAACUGAUUUGGUUCAGAUCCAGUUUUUUGAGCUGGUGGAGUCAGUGGUCCUAGAACUGUCCUACAUCCCCCAUGAAAUUCUGAAGAAAGUUCAGUGUUUGAUAAAGGAAAACCUUGUGCCGUUAUGCACCUUAGCCGCUCUGCGGUGCCUUUGUAGCAUUACCAAGAGGGAUUUGCUCUUCACCGACAUAUUCAGGGACUCAGGGCUCUUGGGUCUGCUACUGGCUCAGCUGAGGAAGCAAGCUAAGAUACUGAGGAAAACAGCUGGGACUGAGGUGCCCAGUCCUGAACAAGGCACUGAGAAAGAGCUAACCUGUGUAAUGCUGAAGAUGGUGUCUGCCCUAGUUGUGGGAUCUAUAAGGAAUGCUGUUGUUUUGAAGGAUUAUGGGAUGGUACCAUACAUCAAGAUAUUUUUGGAUGUUGAGUGCUACCGAAGUGAUACCCUCAGCAUUUUGGAGCAGCUGUCAGUCAUCAACACUGAAGAAUACAUGAGCAUAAUUAUUGGGGCCCUGUGCUCUUCCACACAAGGGGAACUGAACCUGAAACUGGAUCUGCUUAAGUCUCUCCUGAGGAUACUGGAGAACCCCAAGAGCCGUUCAGCUUUCCGAACCUGCAGUGGAUUCAAUGGGCUCCUGUCCCUUCUUGCAGACAUGGAAGGUGCAUUACAGGAUCCUCCCUCUGGACUGUGGGCUACACUUGGACACAGCCACAUCCUGGAGCUUAUUUUCUACACACUGAAGGGAAUAGCAGCUGCUCUGCACUUGGACCCUGUGAACAGCAGGUUCUUCCAGAGGAAUGGUUUCUUUGAGAAGAUGGCAGAGGAUCUUGGAUUGCUUGGUUGCUUUUGGACUCAGGAGGGGAAACAAAUCUCCAUGUGCCUGGAGAAGACAAGAACAUUUAUGGAGUUCUUGAAUGCAGCCUUCUGCUCAUCAGAGUCUUUCCCAACAUGGCUGAAGAACUGCAUACAGAUUCUGAGAUUCCUUGACCAUAUGGUCAAAGGUACCCUGCACCUGGAAAGUUGCUUUAUGGAUAUAAAGUUAGGUGUGGAAGAGUCAUCAGCAGACUCCUUGGAGGGACGGUAUGUGCAACAAGAAGUUCAGAGUGGCAGCUUCAAACAGCUGGAUAACAAAUUAGCUGUUUCUGACUACAGGCCAUGGGCAGACUCUGAAGAAAG